AUGAAUCUGGACCUCAUGAAUGCUGCUGGGGUUUGUACUUGGAUAAAGUUCCAAGCAACUGCUGGACCGUGUUCCCCAUCUGCUUUUCUCCGGCACAGAGACCCAUUUGCUCUGCACGUAUGGUUUUGUUUAUUUAUUUACUUAUUUAUUCUUUCCUUUCUAGGCUUCUGGGCCGAUCGAACACCAGUGCAUGAAGCAGCCAGGCGGGGAGAAAUCCUGCAGCUGCAGCAGCUGAUAGAGAGCGGAGCCUGUGUCAAUGCGGUCACCUAUGACUCUAUCACCCCGUUGCACGAGGCGAGCCUGCGAGGGCAAACGCAGUGUGUCAAGCUCCUGCUGGCUGCAGGGGCCCAGGUGGAUGCCAGGAAUAUCGAUGGCAGCACUCCGCUCUGCGACGCCUGUGCCUCGGGUAGCAUAGAGUGUGUGAAAGUGCUGCUGUCCCACGGCGCCAAGGUGAACCCUCCCCUUUACACAGCAUCUCCUCUCCACGAAGCCUGCAUGAAUGGUAGCUCAGAGUGUGUGCAACUCCUCAUUGACGUCGGUGCAAACUUGGAGGCUCACGACUGCCAUUUCGGGACGCCCCUACACGUGGCCUGUGCCAGGGAGCAUCUGGACUGUGCAAAGUUGCUGCUCAAGGCAGGGGCAAAUGUGAAUGCUGCUAAACUUCACGAGACAGCCCUCCACCAUGCAGCAAAAGUGAAAAACGUAGAUCUGGUGGAGAUGCUGAUUGAAUUUGGAGGAAACAUUUACGCAAGGGACAACCGAGGAAAGAAGCCAUCGGAUUACACCUGGAGCAGCAGUCCCACAGCAAAGUGCUUUGAGUACUACGAAAAAACGCCGCUGAGUUUGUCACAGCUUUGCAGAGUUACGGUGAGGAAAGCCGCCGGGCAGCGAGCACUGGAGAAGAUUGCCAAGCUAAAUAUUCCUCCGCGAUUAAUCCAGUACCUGUCCUACAACUGACAGGGGCGAAGGUGGCCGGGAAGGACGAUAUCUUUAGCUCCCGCAGUAUGAAGUAUCUGUCUCUUUCUCUUCUACCUCCCCCCAAGAAACUAAUUUUAAUUUAAGCAAACUGGUGUAAAUAGUAUUUAUGAGGCAGCACUUCCUCUUCUCCGUGGGCAAAGACACGCUCAGGCAACGUGUAGCACUGGCUUGAAGCUGUAACCUCUCCUGGGGUGAUCUGUUAGACUGUCACUAUGUUCGAGGCUGUAGCGCUCGCUCUUUGAGCGGGAUUAAUCUUGCCUAAUUUUACCUGUCUCUAGCCUAAAGGCAUCUCCGUAUGAUCUAGCCAGGCUCCCUUUGCAGUCAGUGAAGAGAAAUAGAUACUUCUGGAGCAUGAUUCAUCUGUCCUGUUUUAGAUGCCUCUGCUGGGAUGAUACAGUACGCCUCGGGAGCACCUGUCUCCGCUGACUGCAAAGGGAUUUAGAGGUGAUACCCUCGGAUACGGAUGUCUGUGUCUCUGCAGUGGGAGCGCUGGACCCACCUCUGUGUUAAUAACUCAAGUGACAGCUGCCUAAUGCCAGGGACAAGGGACAAGGCUCGAGAGACCCGCGCGCUCUAGCUGGAGGCAAAUUAAGUCCCCAGCAAGCUCAGGACUAAUUAGAGGCACUGCAACCGGUUACUGACUUUCCACGAACUUCAGCAGGCUUUGGCUCAACACCAGCACUGAGGACAAACUGCUGCCAGAUCAGGGUUGACUUUGCCCAUGCUCCUUCCCUCGCUGAAGGUGAGCCAGCUCUUACUGUAGUGUUCCUCUAGGGUAUCACCAUGUCUAAUUUUCAAGCCCAAGCAGGAAGCAGGUCUCUCUGCACGUCCAAGGAUGCUUCCCUCCAGAGGGCUGGUCCCAAAGAAUAUUUCUCCACUUGCUCUGAGCCGCUGUGGCCACUCUGUUGGUUUUAUGUGCAAUAAGUGGCAGAGCUGCUGCCCGGUGGUGCCUGAAGUACGGCGAGGGCAUGUCCUUUGCGUAGUGGUGCAGCAGGUCGCUGUGAUGUAUUCCCACACGUGAAAGGCAGUAGGAGGGCUGGGCUCUGCCUU